UCAAUUAAUUUUUCUAAUUGAAUGUUUUUCGUGUCGCUAUUUGUUUCCAAAAUAAAUGUUCUCAAUGAAAUAGUUUCUAUUCUGAUAAUCAUAACAACACCACUGGGUUCAAUUAGCCCAGUAGUAGAGCAUUGGUUAUGGUGGGCUCUACCGAUCUAUAAAUUUUCCUUGCACAAUCUGCUCAGUUUCCCACCAUUUAGUUGUUUGGUGUGUAUUGACCUUUCCCUGCUGUGGACUCUCCUCUGAGAUUGUCUGAGACACUUUUCUCUCUCUCCCACUAGCCAAGGAAACCAUAUUUUUCAUUCGUCUCAUUUUUCUAUCGACAUGGCAGCCGUCCCAUUUCCUAUCCUUCGUCUUCCAUCCUCUGCACUUCGAAAAUGUCUAAAACGGAUGAGCGUAGCGCAACUAAUUUCUAUAUCAUUUCUCUCGAAGAAAACAAAGGAAAUUAUCAGAAUGUUAGAAAAGGAAGAUAUAAAUCAAACCAUAACCAUAACGCAAUCAGUUUCAUUGAGCCUAUCGUUAAAAUGGCUUAAAAUUCGUGAUUUUGUUUCCAAGCCCGACCAAAUUCUUCAGGCAGCAAAAAUCUGCGAGCAUUCAGUAAACAGUGAUCCAGAAGAGUUCUAUGUGCCAGGAUGCACAGUGAAACAGUUUAUUGAUCAUAUUGCACACAUAUUCUUCCAGAACGAGGGAAUGUUAAUACAAAUUGUGAAUCUUCAGAGCGACUAUUUGAAGGAUGUUGAAGAAUAUACAAAAAACGUGAAUAUUAAAAAUGUUCAUAUUGAUUCUACAGAGAUGGAAGAUGUUCCGCUUCUUAAUUUUUUCUCCUCUGUGGAACUGUUGUCAGUGUCUGAAAUUCGAGUCAGUGAUUUUAUUAUUAUUCAAAAUGUCAGAAGUUUGGAACUUCAUGUCGUGAACCUUGACUAUAUACUAAGUUCAAACAGUUCCGAUAUUUUAUUAUACUGUUUUCUUUCCAACAAAGACCUCAACCUCCUGAUGAAGCAAUGGAUAAAAGGAUCUAUGCCCCGUCUUCGAUUCUUUUAAAUGUCCUAUUGGAGAGAACACGAACCAGUUAUUCAAACCUCACUUUUUAAAGGCAUAGACAUUGAAAGUUUGAAGAGGAAUCAUAUGAACGAAACAGUGUGUGAAAUUAAGAGGAAUGAUGGAACACUGGCAGAGAUCACUUAUUCAGCAAAUCUGCCUAAAUUUCGGAUGAAGGUCACGUCGUAUUUCUAAUUGAAUGUUUUUCGUGUCGCUAUUUGUUUCCC